AGGUAGAGGCUCACAAGUCUGCCCAGAAGAAGAUCAUCGAAGCUUAUGACCCGCACAAGGACCCCAAUGCCAGCGGAGAUCCCUUCAAGACGCUCUUCGUAGGACGCAUUAGUUAUGACACCACGGAAAAGAAAUUGAAACGUGAGUUCGAGGUCUUUGGAAGCAUCAAGAAGGUGCGCAUGGUCUACGAUCAGAAGGGAAAACCCCGAGGCUACGCAUUUAUCGAGUUUGAGCACGAGCGCGAUCUGAAGAAUGCAUACAAACAGGGCGAUGGUAAGAAGAUCGAUGGUCGCCGUGUCAUGGUGGACGUGGAACGUGGUCGCACCGUGGAGGGGUGGCUGCCACGACGUCUCGGCGGGGGUCGAGGUCCUGGCCGCCAAGGCAAACCAGCCAAGAAGAAGCAGAGGCGACUGGCUGAGACGGUUGAGAAGGCCAAAGAGAAGGAAAAAGAGGAGAAGGCUGAGAAGAAAAAGGACAAGGAGAAGGAAAAAGAGAAGGAGAAGGAAAAGGACAAAGGCAAGGAGAGAGACAAGGACGAGGAUCGCAAGGAGCGCGGCCGUGAGAAGGAGAAGGACAAAGAAAAGGAAAGGUCGCGAGAGAAGGACCGAGAGAAGGACCGAGAGAAGGACCGAGAGAAGGACCGAGAGAAGGACAAGGAGCGAGACAAGGAAAAGAAGGACAAAGACAAGGAGCGCAAGCGCGAACGCUCCCGCAGUCGCGAUCGCGACCGCAGGAAGUAAUGGCGCAGGUAGUAACGGGCGGCUGAGCGUGGGAGCACGGCAGUACCUCUUGAGAAAGUAUUUCAGGAAUGUGC